AUGUCUAUAAGUUACAUACCUGUUGAAUCUGUUUCCCCGAUUUUUCGAUUUUUUUAUUUAAAACCACAAGAUAGCUGCAUAUCAUUAAUAGCAGCUGAAUCGACAGGAAUGAAGUUCUUUUGUUUAUUGUUGAAUUUCUUUACUACUUCAUUUGAUCAACUCCCAGAUGUCCUGGGAGCAGCUAUUUUAAAAAUGGCAUUACUGUUUCAUGACCUCGGGAGGCUUAUUAAAGCGUUCACUUCUAAGAUGAGGUCAUUUAUCGUUUCGCUGUUAUCAACAUUCUUCGUCUGCCCUGUAGAUUGUAUAAUCGUGACAGAAUCAUGGACAGUUUCAGGAAGCCAAGCAUCAAAUCUCCAUAAUGAGAAGCGUGCAUUACAUCUGGACACCCCUCCCCUUUCUUCCGACUUUUGGUUGGCCAAAAAUGCAAUGGAUUGUGCUGUAAAAAUGCUUGAGGAGAAUCUGGACGCGAGUAAGCAUCCUUGCAAUCCUGGCAGCAUUGGUGAGGGAGAAAAUAUUUAUGUUUUAAAGACAAACGACUUAUCAUCUGCUGUUGUAUAUGAUCUUGCUCCAGCUGUCAGACAAUGGUACUCUGAAUACGAUCUUCUCAAUAUUGAUGAUAAUAUGUGGAUAUAUUCAGCUGACAGUAGAAUAGUUGGUCACGUCACACAGUUGCUAUGGAGCUCCACAACUCGCGUUGGAUGUGGGGGUGCAUAUGGGGAUGAAGCAGGGACUCGUACUAUUUACAUUGUAUGUCGCUACAGUCCACAAGGAAAUGAAUACUCCGGAAGUGCCCUUCUGGAAAAUGUUCAUGCUUUAAAAGAAACUCCAUGCUUUAACGAAUUACCAGAGGAGUUAUGUGCAUUGGCUGAUUGUACAGGCGCAUAUAAAGAAAUGUAUCUACGAGACUGUCGUAUGACAUGUCAAACAUGUUAAACCGUAUUGGUAAAUUUAUGCAUAUUCUAGAGUGUCAAAUAACCUUUCAAAGUCUUCCUCUUCAUUACAUCCAGCCCACUUUCCCUCAUCCCCGCCCCCACCCUCUAUUUCUUGAGCUUAUCAAAGCAUUUAUUUCAAGCAUCUAGCUAAUUGACUUUUGACGGUAAAACAUAUUAGAGUACAAGUAGCUCUCCAACCUUACACUUGGGGAACGAUUAAAAGUCUAUGGGCAAGUUAAAAUAUUCACUAAUUUCAACUUGCCGGGCAUUUUCUGCUGACCAAAGAAACAUAUCUGAAGUUUCUAAAAUCAGCUUUUUAAUGGGUAAAAAAAUGUAGUUACAGUUUGAUCAUUAACGGGCUGCUUUCUGUUCUAAAAUUGUUAUUUCAAAAAGAAGCGUUUCUUUCAAAAUAGCAGUUUACAAGUUUUAAAGAAACUUUUUCAAAAACAGUGAUUUUAUAAUUUGCGUGAACCUUAUUCUUUCUGGAUUUUCUUGGAAUAGAACUUGUCGUCUAUAAGAGAUUUCUAUUAAAAAAAAUUAUAAAAUAUUGUUUGAUAAACUAAUUCUUUCUUUUUUUGUAUUUACUCGUGUAUAUUUUUAUGUGUGCGUCAAGUUAGUUUAUAAUAUAUUCUUUUGAUUCGAAAUACAUGUUGGCAGUGCUCCCUCCACGUUCUGUAUUAUGUACAUGUUCUUGAUUUAUAUAAAAAUAACGUGCAGUUUGGGGUCAGGUCUGAAGUUGAUAUAAGGGUACAAGGUCUUAAACGGCAAGCUGGUUGCUUAAGACUGUUCGUUCAAUAUAAUGUCAUUAGCAAAAAUGCUGACAUUAGCAAUUUAUUGACCUAAUUAUUAUUUAAGGGCUAGA